AUGGCUACUGCAAGGCCUUCCUUCUUGCAGUCUGCGUUGUUUACACGCGGUCUUUGUGCAGCAGGGGGGAGCUGCAUUCUCGAUCAGGCCCCUAGCACAGCUGAUGCCGCUUCUCUUUUCCCCACCCCCCCAAGUGACACUUUCCCCUCAUCCUGGUUAGGCAACACCGUGAGCGAAUGCAGUAUCAGCGGAGUGUCUGCUCUCAGAGACCCAGUUCUAAACCGGGGCCUCACCCUGACUGCAGCUCAGAGACAGAGCCUGGGGAUCGAGGGCCUGCUGCCCCCUGUGUUUGAAGAACUAGGUACGGAGAUAGAGCGCGCGUUGUGGAACCUGGAACAGUGUACGACGGAUCUGCAGAAGUACCAGUAUCUGGUGACGCUCAAGGAGACGAACGAGGCGUGCUUCUACGCACUGCUGAUGGAGAGGACACAGGAGCUGCUCCCAAUCGUGUACACUCCAACCGUAGGCGAUGCGUGCCUUAACUUUGGGACGCUUUCGCCGAGGCCAAUGGGGCUCUACGUCUCAGUAGCAGACCGCGCACCCGAGCGGAUGAUGCAGAAUGUCAGCAGUUGGCCGGAAGAUGACAUCAGGAUUGUGGUCAUCACGGAUGGGGAGCGAAUACUAGGACUUGGGGAUCUGGGCGUUUAUGGCAUGGGAAUUCCUGUGGGCAAGUGCAUGGUGUACACGGCGUGUGGUGGCGUCAGCCCACGUCAGCUGCUACCCAUCACUGUUGAUGCCGGCACCAACAACGAGGCCCUGCGCAGCAGUCCGUUCUACUUGGGACAACGGACGGAACGAGUCAGGGGCGAAGAGUAUGAUGACGUCAUGGACUCGUUGAUCGACGCACUGCGGCGGCGGUAUGGCGGCAGCGUUGUGAUCCACUGGGAGGACCUUGGGGCGGGCAACUCGUGGCGCCUCCUCGAGCGGUAUUCUGCGCGGCAGGUGUGUACGUUCAACGACGACAUCCAGGCGACCGCGGCAGUCGUUUUGGCGGGUCUGCUGAGCGCGCUGCGCAUCACGGGGGGGCGGCUAAGGGACCAGCGGGUGCUCUUCUUCGGGGCCGGCCAGGCGAGUAUUGGCACCGCCGAUCAGAUCAUCUACGCUCUCACCCGUGAAGGAGUCCCCGAGGCCGACGCUCGGGCGAUCUGUUGGCAGUUCGACUCUCGGGGCCUCAUCUACCGGGGCAGAAGCUCCCUUACCGACCGGAAAGCGGCGUUUGCACAUCCCUUACGGGAGAACACGUUCGACCCAACUUCGCUUCCUUCGACGAUCGAGGCGCUGAGACCGACGAUCCUGAUUGGGGCGGCGGGAGUGAAGGGCGCCUUUGAUGAGAAGGUCCUGAAGAGCAUGGCAGCAGUCACCGAUCGCCCAAUCAUUUUCGCUCUAUCGAACCCUGUGUCGAAAUCAGAGUGCACUCCCUGGGAAGCCGUCUUCGAAACCAAGGGCCGCGCGGUUUUCGCCAGCGGAAGCCCCUUCAAACCCAUCGUUUACGAUAACCAGACCAUGACCACAGGGUUUGCAAACAACGCGUUUAUAUUCCCCGGGGUCGGGUUGGGUACAAUCUCCUCGGGAGCGACAGCUGUCACCGACGAAAUGAUGUAUUCCGCUGCGAUAGCGCUGGCGGAAUGUGUAACGGAAGCGGACCUUUCCGCCGGAAGCGUCUAUCCGUCCGCUAGUGGGAUUAGGGACACCGCGUUGACAGUAGCGGCUGCCGUUGCGGCCAGUGCGGCAAGCGAGAUGGUGGCGUCGUCAGUGAAAAGCGCGCAGCUUUGUUCUGCCGCGCAAGGACGGGACGCUGCCGCGUGGAGGCAGUGCAUUGAGGGGCAGCGGUAUCAACCGCAGUCCGCAGAUCAGACAAGAUGAUGUUGUAUGUAGGUCCUCGAUGAGUGAACUAGGACGCGUUGCAGUUUUGUUAGAUUAGGUUGCGCGCUAGAUAAAGCGUUACCAGUGAAGUUGCUGACCAUAUGACAGCUUCAUGGGGCAAUCUGGCCCAUUCAAAUUGACGGU